AUGACAUCGAAUGAACACAUUCGUAAUACUAUGAUAAUGCCAUCUCAAACAAAUGAAAUGUUAUCUUAUGGAAUAUAUAAUGAUAAUGCUUCACAUCUAACGGCAUGCUCGGAAGGAGACAAUUUGUUCCAGGAAGAAACUGGAAAGUAUGAUCUUGACACGGUAUCAGUUUUCGUCGCAAAACUAUAUCAAUUACUUGAGAGUGAUGAAUAUAAGGAAUAUCUUACAUGGAAUGAAACUGGAGAUGUAUUUGUGAUUUGUAAUAUGGAUGAAUUUGCUCAAAAUGUGUUACCAAAAUACUUUAAACAUUGCAAGUUCACUUCUUUCGUCCGACAACUAAAUAUUUAUGGUUUCUACCGAGUUUCGGAUGCGCGUAAAUCAAAACAUGUCCGAAGCAAACAUGCUUGCGUAUUUUCACAUUCUCAAUUUAGACGCAGUAGACAAGAUUUAUUACCAAAUAUAAGACGCAAAGUUUCAAAAACUCCAAGAAGAAAGAUGCGUCCAUCAGAUUCAUCAAUAUCACAAAAUCAAGGAGAACCACCGAAUACUGUCUCUUCUCCCACCUCCAUUUAUGGAGGUUCUCCUGUGAAUAAUAAAAAUGGAAACACAACAAAGGAUUCACCUUCACAACAUCACUUGCUAAGUUCUUAUGAAUCAAAAGAUUUUAUGGCACACGUUGACAAAUCUGAUAGUGAUAUUGCUAUGCGUAAACGAAUUGCUGAAUUAACUACGACCACAGAGAAUUUAAGAAAAGAUCUAAAACAUAUGAAUGAAAUUGUCAAUGAACGUUUGCUUCCCGAAGUUCGUAGUUUGACUGAAGAUCUUCAAAAGCAUCACACUCACUUGAUGCAAUUAACACAAUUGGUGACAUAUCAUUCUUCACCAGAAGAACUUCAAUUGUUUCAAGAAGUUAACAGAUGUGGUUACACCAGACAUGUGCCCUCACAUGAUAUUCCUUCACCAAAGCGUUUGCGUUUAAAUGAUAAACAGACAACCUCUAUUAAAACUGAACAGUCAAAUUUGUCACCAACAUCAGUUGUUAAUCCUACCGUCCCUUCAUCAGUUCCUGCCCCUUAUGGUAACAUAUUCGCGUCUCAUCCAAAUCAUCACGAUAACAAUUUAAUGAAUGGCAAUUCAUCAUCAACUUCGUCCAAUACUUCAAUAAAUGAUUCUACAAUGCAAGUAACAUCCUCGGUGUCACAACCUUUAACAAUUUCAACAGAUUCUCAUCCAGCAUUUAAUACAAUUAUGGGAGAAUUUCAACAACAUUCAUCACCUAACUCUCACACUGGUAUCACAAAUUUUAGCGAUUCAUUUUUGAUGCAAGAUUCCGUUAAUACAGUUCCAAUUUCAUUAAGUCCUACUGAAUAUGGUGAUAAUACAAAUUCAUCUGAUAUAAUUUCAAAUGUUGUAACCGCCUCCAAUAGCAAUACUUCAAAUUCUACCGAAGAUCAUCGAAAUAGGGGUGGUUCAAGUAGUCCACAUAAUCAUGGUGAUGUUCUUGUUGCCGUAUCACCAACAUCAACCACCACAUCAUCAUCUUCACCCAUGUCACAGCCCGUUGCUACAUCAAUGCCAAAUUAUUAUCAAAAUCAGAUUGAUAUAUCGGGUGGUGAUCAGUGA